AUGGCAUGGUCAAAGAAAAAGAUGCUCACAGUGGCUGGUUUAGUGGCUGCAGGAGGUAUUGGUGCUAUAACAAUAGGCUCAAAAAUAGGGAUGUUUAGCAAAGAAAAAAAGUCAGAGAAAAAAUAUGUGGCCCCUUCAAAGCCUGCAGUAAAGACAAAUGAUAGCGCCACUUUAUUGCCCUCAAAUCAUGCAGAAGAAAAGCAGCCGAUUGAAUCGAGGGAGUCGGCUAGUAAUGAAUCGUGGAUGGUUAGCACAGAAGAGGAAAAUGUAGGAUACUAUUCAGGCAGUGGUGACAGAACAUUUGACGGUGCAAGGGCAACAGAGAAAUGUCCGAAAUAUCUUGUAGAACCAUAUAUAUUUAAUUUAGACCAAGAAGUGUAUAAUAACUCGAAAAAUAAACAAUUGGGAUUUAUAAUAGAUAAGGGCGCACUAGAGAAUAUCUUCCAAAAUGAAAAAAGAACAAACAAACGAGCAGCCGAGAUGCUUCUUAGAAAAAAAAUAAGAAAACUAAAUCGGUUGAAAAAAAUAAAAACGCGUAAUAAAAAUUUCAGAAAAGCUUCUGCAGUAAAGAAAAGUCAUAAGUUAAAUAAAACAAAUAAUAAUAGUACAACAAUUGCAAAUCCUCUUAUUUUAAGGAAUAAUGAAAAGGAUACUGAUGUAAAAAAGGUAGAAGAGCUUGAUUCAAAUGAAGAGUACAGCAGCAAGCAAUCAUCUUCUGAAAAAAGCCACGAAAGCAAACAAGAAAGAGCCAAAGAGGACGUUCAACUAGAGACAGAGAAUCAAGUAGAUUCUGAGAUUAGAGAAAAAGUUAAGACUGAUUGGGGCUUAAAGUUGCGUGGUUAUAAUGUUUUAAAAUGGUUUAAUUUUAUUAUUAAGUAUGCAAAAUUUAAACAAUCAACUGCAAUAAAUCCAUUACAUAACCACCAUUUAAAUUCUAGUGUAAAAGACUGCUUUGCUGUAGAGGAAGAGUCAAAAAAUAAACACGAAAGUAGUACCAAUGAUUUGUAUAGUGAUAAAAACCAAGAGAAUAGAUUUGAAAUUCAUCAUAAAAAUAAAAUAAAAAAAGAUUUUAUAAAUAACUCGAAUAACCCGAAUAAUUGCAAAAAUGAUUAUUCAAAUAGUGAAGACAGUGAGAAUUCGAGCGCAUCGUCAUCAAUCCUACCUAUAAGUAAUAGUGAAGAAAGAAAAUUUAAAUAUAUUCAAGAAGUUAAUGAAUUGAUUUCUAAUAGAUAUGGCGUACAAACAGAUUCUAGAUCACAGGAAAAUACUUUGGAUAAAGAUCUAAUGGGUUCAAAUUAUGGAUGGGAUGAGUAUUGGCCACUUUACGAGGAAAACGAUUACAAUUUUAAUAUAGAAGAUUUUGAUUUGGCGAAUGGAUAUAAUUCUACUACACAGAAAAAAAUACUUAAUUUAAGCCAAAACACACAAAGCCAGAAUUUAAUAGAUAUGAAUAAUAAUAAUGACAUAUUUUAUUCAGAAACAGAGGCAGAUUAUGAACAAUGUGAAUUAUCAGAAAAAAAAGAUUAA